AUGACCUCUUUGCUGGAACGACUCAGCGCACCGUCUGCGACAGGACCUGUCCGCUCAAAAUCGAGUUCUGGCCGAGCUUCAGGCCCAUAUAAUAGAAAUGACAGACCACCAAAGGGCGAUAUCGAUUCACAAUGGUCCCAUGAUCUCUUCGAAUCCCAUAACUCAUUAUCAGCCCGCCUCGGCAACGAACCUGUGGCUCCCAAAGCCGGCUUGAACAACCUGGCGCAGAAAGCCCUCCGCGAGGCCACGGGAGCCGGCCAACUAUCUAUCAAGGGCGCCUCUUCAAAAGGCAAUGUCGUUGACGUUCGCGGACUUGCAGCAGGGACGACGGCAGAGGAUGUGGCGGCCAUCUUCAAGCAGUGCGGCGCCAUUACAGACAGGAAGUUGAUGGAGGGAGGAGACAACCCAAGGGUUCGACUGCAUUUCAAGACGGCUGCUGCGGCGUCGUCUGCUGUUGCCAAGUUCCACAAUCAACCCGCAGAUGGCAAAAUCCUGCAAGUAACCAUGGUUGGGACGUCGACGGCAGGGCAGAGUUUGGCGAGUCGGUUCGGGGAAGAUGGGUUGGGCUUGGUGAGGGAAGAGGGUAGUGUGGAUGUCUUGAUGGACACGGGGGAGACAAAUUCUGGAUCAAAAUUGAGGUCCGACGCGUUACUGCAGACUGACCCCCGUGCUCAGGUCUUGGUUGCACCACCAGGCGCAAACCCUGCAGACUAUGUUCAGGGCUCGAGGGGAAGGCGGGGUGGUGGUGGUCGAGGGGGACGAGGUCGCCGUGGUCGUGGCGGCAAGCGAGGUGGUGGUGGUGGGGACAGCGGGGGAAGGAUGGACACGGACUAG